AUGCCAGCUGGCCUUUGGUCCAGUAGGAGGGUAUGGAGGGUUGAGGGAAGAAGCAACAUCCCAAGUCAGCCUGGCAGGGUCACCUCAGCAGCCAAAUUGACGAGAAGAUUAUCCUACGGUCCCGAGCAGAAGCCUCCAGUGACGUUGGAAAGAUGGCUGACGACAUUGACUGGUUACACAGCCGCAGGGGAGUGUGUAAGGUAGACCUCUACAGCCCCACCGGUCAACAAGACCAGGACCGUAAAGUGAUCUGCUUUGUCGAUGUGUCCGCCCUAAACAUAGAAGAGAAAGAUCCCUCUUCCAAGGACAAUGCUGGUUCCAACUCAGAGGGAGACCUGGACCUGGAGAACUUAGAGGAUAAGGAAAUCAUUGUGAUCAAGGACACAGAGAAACAGGAUCAGUCUAAGACCGAGGGAUCGGUGUGCCUCUUCAAACAAGCCCCCUCGGACGCCAUCAGCGUCCUCAACUGGCUCCUCAACGACCUGCAGAAAUACGCCCUGGGCUUCCAGCACGCCCUGAGCCCCUCGGCCUCCAGCUGCAAACACAAAGUGGGCAACGCGGUCGGGGAGGGCGGCCACUACGGCCGCUCCUCUCACGGCGGCAACUGCUACAGCGUCUACGCGGACGAGCUGAGCCUGGAUCUGAACAGGCCCCACUGCCGGAGCUACGAGAUGGCGGCGGCCAAGAACACGAACAACAACCAGAGCCCCUCCAGCCCCUCGGCCAAGUCGCCCAGCUUCCAGAGGGCCCACGCCAGCCCCGAGGGCGAGUGCUCCAUGGAUGACCUCUCGUUCUACGUCAACCGGCUCUCCUCCCUGGUCAUCCAGAUGGCCCGCAAGGAGAUCAAGGAGAAGCUGGAGGGCGGAGGCAAGUGCCUGCACCAGGCCAUCUACGCCUCCACCAGCGGGGAACGGGGCAACAAGAACGGCCCCCGCAGCGCCGUCAGCAAGAUCGCCUCCGAGAUGGCCCACGACGCCGUGGAGAUGACCUCGGCCGAGAUCCGGGGCCCCGGCGAGCAGCCCGGCGACGAGCAGCCCAGGGAGGAGGGCGGGGUCCCCCGCAAGACCUUCCUCUACGGAGAGGUGUCCAAGAAGGGCGGCCACAAAGGCGGGGACAAGCAGAUGUGCCAGUCGGGCAGCAAGGAGUUCGCUGACUCCAUCAGCAAGGGCAUCAUGGUCUACGCCAACCAGGUGGCCUCCGACAUGAUGCUGUCCGUCAUGAAGACCCUGAGGGUCCAGAGCUCGGGCAAGUCCCCCAUCCCGGCCUGCGUGGUCCUGAAGAAGGUCUUGCUCAAGCACACCAAGGACAUCGUGUCCGACCUCAUCGACUCGUGCAUGAAGAACCUGCACAACAUCACCGGAGUCCUGAUGACCGACUCGGACUUCGUCUCGGCCGUCAAGAGGAACCUGUUCAAGCAGGGGAAGCAGAACGCCGCCGACAUCAUGGAAGCCAUGCUCAAGCGGCUGGUCAGUGCCCUCCUCGGGGAGAAGAAGGACCAGUCCAAGUCCGGGAGCCUGGCCUACGCCUCGCUGAAGGCCGGCUCCCACGACCCCAGGAGCAAGAACCAGAGCCUGGACUACACCGUCAUGAAGGCCGAGAUGAAGGGCAAGGACAAGGACAAGGGGAAGCCCGGCCAGAACAAGUUGCUGACCUCCGCCGAGAAGGUCGGGGAGCACAUCCUCAAGGAGAGCCUGACCAUGUGGAACCAGAAGCAGCAGGGCCAGCAGGGCCCGCAGGGCAAGGGCCAAGGCAAGAGCGGCUACGGGCGGGAGGAGAAGCGGGAGAAGAUCAGCCCGUCCACCGACUCUCUGGCCAAGGACCUCAUCGUCUCGGCCCUCAUGCUGAUCCAGUACCACCUGACCCAGCAGGCCAAAGGCAGGGACUCGCUCGAGGACGACCAGUCGGGCGGCUCCGCCGUGGGCUACUCGGCCCAGGGCGCCCACUACGAGAAAUCCGGCUCCAACCAGAGCGCCAAGGCGCUCUCCAUGAAGCACCUGGAGGCCACCCGGAACGGCCCCCACGCCGGCCCCUCCAACCAGCCCUCCAAGGAGGCCCAGAUGGACACCCACAAGCUGGACAUCUCCAACCUGGUGCUGGCCGUCAUCCAGAAGCUCCUGAGCGACAACUUCAACAUCGACGGGGACCAGGCGGAGACCGAGAGCCGACGCUCCGACCCCCACCCCCCCAAGGUCACCUCGCUCACCAAGAGGGGCGAGCAGGAGCAUCAGGAGAUCGACUUCGUCAGCGGCAUCAAGCAGGUCAACCGGCAGUUCGUCGACCAGCUGGUGGAGUCCGUCAUGAAGCUCUGCCUCAUCAUGGCCAAGUACAGCAACGGCGCCGGCCUCCCGGAGGCCGACGACGCGGCCGUGGGCUACCGCGGCUCGCACUGCGACUCGGUCGUCCCCGGCCACUGUCAAGACGCGCCCGGGCCCGAGGUCAUCGUCAACAACCAGAACUCCACCGGAAACUUGCAGAAGCAGCUGCAGGCCGUCCUCCAGUGGAUCGCCGCCUCCCAGUUCAACGUGCCCAUGCUCUACUUCAUGGGCGACGACGAGGGGCUUCUGGAGAAGCUUCCCGAAGUUUCAGCCAAAGCCGCCGAAAAGGGGUACAGCGUCGGGGACCUCCUCCAGGAGGUCAUGAAAUUCGCCAAGGAAAGACAACUGGACGAUGCCGUGGGAAACAUAACGCGGAAACAACUGCUGGACUGGCUGCUUGCCAACCUGUGAACUCGCCCCCACUCCUCCUCUCCACGUUCCUCCCUCCGGCUACGGCCCCAACCUAACCGGGGCGUCCCCCUCCGCUCGACCGCUCUCGUGCCACCGCCGGGGUCCUGUGCCAUGCGAUAGCACUGGGCAUGUCAUGGUGGCGGGGCCGGGGGGCAACAACACGGCUGGCAAGACCGCGAAUAAAAACGCUGCGC